AUGGAUAAGGGUGAAGCAACAAAGCAAGCCAUGAACAUAGUGUUUGAGUCAGAAGCACAUGAAAAAUAUCUGUCCGACUUAGGUUUACCCGCUGAGUUUAUAAGUAGAGAAAUCGUUAGAUGCCUAACACUAGCGGAAGGAGGGAUACACGCUGUAGUAUGGGUUCUAUCUGCAAGGGCUCAGGAAGUUUUGAAGUUGUCUGGUAACCUAAUGGUUCUGUUCGACAACAAAACUCAAGAUGAAGGCAAGAAGGCUGAGCAAGUCAAUAAGCUUCUCUCUCUAGUAGAUGAGAUCAAAAGGAACAACUAUGGUCAGUCAUAUACUGAUGGCAUGUACAAUGAGAUAAAGGAACAUAGCGACAAACUAAGAAAGGAGCUUGAAUCAAAGAACCAUCCAGCUGAUUUGGAAUCAGAGUUGAAAGAUAAGUUGCAUGCGCAUCGUGGAGAAGACGCUGAAAGCUGUAGUGCAGGAGCAGGAGCAACAGAUGAAUUCGGUAGCUGUUGUUACGAUAAGAAUUUAAUGCAGAUGAAUGCUAUAAGGCAGACUACUAAUCCCCUUAGUUGCAGCAUCCUAUGA